CACAACUUUGCCCGCUGGACAGUAAACUAAUUUCAACAACUAUCGACCAAGGGUUGGCAAGCAAACGGUUCCAUCCCAUCCCAGCUCAUCAUCAUGAGGCUAUGGUUCGUCUUACUGCUCGGGUCGCUGCUGUCUGGGCAAUGCAUUUCGAGCGAUGGUAAAUGGAAAGAUGCGUUCAAGAAAUUGGAAGCUUGUGGUGUUAGCUUGUUCAGCUUCUGGAUGACACGACUUCAGCAACAGAUUGAAGAUUUCUCCGCAUGCAAACAGUUCAACGAUGGAAAUUCCGAUCCGAAUUGUAGGGGAAGUAUUGAGUCGGCCACGAUCGAUCUGCAACAGGCGUUGGGUGACUAUGGAGAAUGUAUCAGGGAUAUAUGUUAGAGGGUGUAAAUUGUACGAUGAAUAAAAGUAGGCAGUAGUCGAUGUAAUAAUUAUGCUCAA